AUGGCCUCAAAAACACAGCUAGAAAUUGUGGGAUUAGUUAAAGACAGCAGGUUCCAUGUAGCCAGAACCGUUGCGGAGGAGCUGAAAAAACAGUUUCCCGAGGAUUUUCUGGACCCUAACAUUCAACCACGUUUUGAAUUGGACUGGCACACGUUUCUGUGCAGCAAGAAAAGGGAGCUGCGUGGUGAAGUGUGGCAGUACUCCAGCAGCCUGAUGUGCUUUCUCAACGGCCUUCUCCUCGGCGAUGAAAAGGAUCUUGCCAGCUGGGCUGAGAAUCAGUGGAGUUUCACUUUCACUCGGCCUCAAGCCUUCUACACGGCUCUCGCUGAGGACUUCUACACCAAACACCUCCAGAAAACUGGGCAUCAGUUUGUCUUCAUGGACGUUGACGUAGCAGGUGAAGCAGCAGGGAGGUUGUUAUUUGAGCUGUUCUCAGAUGUCUGUCCAAAGACUUCAAAGAACUUCGAGGCUUUGUGCACCGGAGAGCAAGGAGUGUCGCCGAGCGGCCUCCCGCUCUGCUACAAGGGCUCCCUGUUUCAUCGAGUUGUGCCCAACGGCUGGGUGCAAGGUGGAGAUAUUUCUCCACAGAGCAGAGGAGACGGAGGCGAGUCCAUCUAUGGGCCAACUUUUGAAGAUGAGAGCUUUGCUGUUUCCCACUCUAAGCGGGGUAUUCUAGGAAUGGCCAAUAAGGGUCCUCACAGCAACGGAUCCCAGUUCUACAUCACCCUGCAGCCGACGCCCUGGAUGGACAAGACCUACGUUGCCUUUGGUCGAGUGGUUGAGGGUGUCGACGUCCUGAGGAGGUUAGAAGAAGCCAAGACCUGCAACGAAAGACCCAAGUAUGACUGUAAAGUCACAGCCUGUGGAGCGUUGAAGCUGUAGCUCCUGAACACUUGUGCCUUUUAAAAUAUACUUUCAUUGUUUUUGAUGCAGUAAAAUUAACUUAAAACACAUGUGUAACCUGACAGGAGCUUUUCUUUAAACAAGCCAAACCAUAUGUAUUUGUAAAUUGCGUGCUCAUCCUUUUACAGAGAUUACAGCUGAUUUUUGCGUGUGACAGAUUUUUAUACCAGCUCAAAGGAUUUCACUGUCAUUUGUAUUAAAUGUAUAUUUUAUAUAU